CACACCAGCAUUGCUCAAUAUAGACAUCGGUACGCAACACGAACAGAUAAAACCAUCUCAUCAAUCCAGCGGCUGCGAUGGUGAAGGUGGAAGAUAUCCGCAAGGAGCAACGGGCGGAAGGCCCCGCCACCGUGAUGGCCAUCGGCACCGCUACCCCUCCUAACUGUGUUGACCAAACCACCUAUCCCGACUUCUAUUUUCGCAUCACCAACAGCGACCACAUGACAGAGUUGAAGCACAAGUUCAAGCGCAUGUGUGACAAGUCGAUGAUCAAGAAAAGAUAUAUGCACUUGACAGAAGAGAUCCUGAAAGAGAACCCCAACAUGUGCGCUUACAUGGCGCCUUCAAUUGACGCUAGACAAGACAUUGUGGUUCUAGAGGUCCCCAAGCUAGGGAAAGAGGCGGCCACCAAGGCCAUCAAGGAAUGGGGUCAGCCCAAAUCCAAAAUCACUCACUUAAUCUUCUGCACCACCAGUGGCGUCGACAUGCCUGGAGCUGACUAUCAGCUCACCAAGCUCUUGGCCCUUCGUCCCUCCGUGAAGCGAUACAUGAUGUACCAGCAAGGCUGCUUCGCCGGCGGCACCGUCCUUAGGUUGGCCAAAGACUUGGCUGAGAACAACAGAGGAGCUCGAGUCCUCGUGGUCUGCUCUGAGAUCACCGCCGUCACGUUUCGUGGGCCUAGUGAUACCCAUCUUGACAGCCUUGUGGGCCAAGCUUUGUUCGGUGAUGGAGCUGCCGCUGUGAUUGUAGGCUCCGACCCUAUUCCUCAGCUUGAGAAGCCCAUUUUUGAGCUCGUGUGGACGGCCCAAACCAUACUCCCUGACAGUGAAGGAGCUAUUGAUGGACAUCUUAGGGAAGUUGGGCUUACCUUCCAUCUUCUCAAAGAUGUUCCCGGGCUUAUCUCAAAGAACAUAGAGAAAGCCCUGGUUGAAGCAUUCCAGCCGUUGGGAAUCUCUGAUUAUAACUCCAUUUUUUGGAUUGCUCAUCCUGGUGGGCCUGCCAUCUUGGACCAGGUUGAGGACAAAUUGGGCCUCAAGCCCGAAAAGAUGAGGGCCACUCGACAUAUUCUAAGCGAGUACGGGAACAUGUCAAGUGCUUGCGUGUUGUUUAUCUUAGACGAGAUGAGGAAGAAGUCUGCUGAAGAUGGGCUUCAAACUACUGGUGAGGGGCUUGACUGGGGCGUCCUCUUCGGAUUUGGGCCUGGGCUCACUGUGGAGACCGUUGUGCUUCAUAGUGUGGCUCUCUAAAAUGCUUGGAUUUGCCACAUACGCAGCAUCAUUGCAAUUGUUCUUCUUCUUCUUCUUUAAAUUAUGUGUUAUUUUCAUACAUGCUUCUUCAGCUCAGAAGCCUAAUAAUGUUUGUUCUCACAGUCUAAUCUUCAUUACAAAUUUGUCAAGAAAUUCUGUAACCUGCAGGUUAAAUAUGUAAAAGGAUAAUGUACAACUCGAAAUUUUGUACUGCA